CCUAAGUAUAACCGUUGCACUGUCUCUUUAAAUAAACCGGAAAAGGGAUUCUAUGCUGUAAACCGGAUAUUGCCGUGAAGCCGGGGCAAGACUUUCUUUCUCACAGCCAUCUUGGAUAUAGCAUCCUUACUCGCAACCAUGCCUGGUGAAGCCACAGAAACGGUUCCUGUUACUGAGCAGGAGAUGCAGCAGCCUCAAGUGGAGACUGGAUCUGGCACUGAAUCAGACAGUGACGACUCAGUCCCUGAGCUGGAGGAACAGGACUCUGCACAGACCCAGACACAGCAAGCCCAGCUUGCAGCAGCCGCUGAGCUCGAUGAGGAACCUGUAAGCAAAGCCAAACAGAGCCGCAGUGAAAAGAAAGCACGAAAAGCGAUGUCAAAGCUUGGUCUCAGGCAGGUAACUGGAGUCACCAGAGUCACAAUCCGCAAAUCAAAGAACAUCUUGUUUGUCAUCACCAAACCAGAUGUGUACAAAAGCCCUGCAUCAGACACAUACAUCGUCUUCGGUGAAGCUAAGAUUGAAGAUCUUUCACAGCAAGCUCAGCUGGCUGCUGCAGAAAAAUUCAAAGUACAGGGAGAAGCCGUAUCAAACAUCCAAGAAAACGCACAGACGCCAACAGUACAGGAGGAAAGCGAAGAAGAGGAGGUUGACGAGACUGGUGUUGAGGUCAAGGAUAUUGAACUCGUCAUGUCGCAAGCCAACGUUUCACGGGCGAAGGCUGUACGGGCUCUGAAAAACAACAAUAACGACAUUGUCAACGCUAUUAUGGAGUUGACGAUGUAAAGAGACCCUGUCAACACAUUAGGUUUGAUUUAAUGUAAGCUUGUUUAUAAAGUUUAUACCCAAGAUGGAAAUAAAGUUGUGGCUUGAUAAGAUGAAA